AUGUCGCUCACCAUCAGUGUGUUGGCCCAAGUUCUAACGUCCCAUCCUCCCCCGGAACAGCAUCGCGGCGUCGCCCUUAUGGCCGAGCGACCUGAGACAUCUGAGCCGCUGAGGGUGGCCAUCAUCGGCGCAGGGUUGGGAGGUCUGACCUUGGCCAAGGCCCUGCAGACUGAGGCUACUGCGAAGAAAGUUCAGGUCCGACUCUAUGAGGCCUGGGAUGAGUGGAAGGUCCGUGGCGGCUCUUUGGGUCUUGCCGCCGGAGCCCGCAUUCUCCAGCGCCUGGGACUAGGGAAGGAGCUUGACGCGGUCUCCAAUCAGGGGCAGAGAAUGAACUAUCUGGCACAAGGGAAGAAGCUCAGCUCUUUGGCGGUGCCAGGAUACUUUGCCAUGCGCACGGACCUGCAGAGGAUUGUGGUGGAGUCGCUGCCAGCUGAUACCAUCAAACUCGGGCACAAGUUGGUCGACAUUGCAGAAAGCGAAGAGGGGGUCCAACUGUCAUUUGAGAACGGAGCAACAGACUUCGCUGAUGUGGUUGUGGCCUCGGAUGGUAUCCACAGCUUUGUCAGGCAGAAAAUCUUUGGUGCAGAUGAGCCGGUCUUCACGGGCUUCCGCGUCUUGUACAGUGUGUCGUCGAAGCCCAUUCGUCCAGAUCCCACGGUGGCCAACAUGCAUUGGGUCGAGACAGCUGGCACAGGCUAUGCUAUCCUGGACGUGACCGCUGGACAGGGAGAGGGGCGCCACGAUAUUUGCCUCAUUGUCUUGGGAAGCCAGGAACCAGUCUCCGACCGAUGGGACUCUGCAAUCGUGCGGGAGCGCUUUGCUGAGCUCGCCAAGAACGCGGCGCCCGACCACGAGGUCCUGGCCCGUGCUGUAGAAAGUGCAGAUGUCUGCUUCGACUGGGGCAUCUAUCAACAGCCGACCCGUCCUUCCUGGAUCUCAGCCAAGGGUCGUGUCGUGCUCUUGGGCGAUGCUGCACAUGCUACAGCUCCCUUCAUGGGCCAGGGCGCCAACAUGGCGAUGCACGACGCCUGGUGCCUGAGCCGCGUCUUGCUUCAUCAGGAGCUGUCACUGCAAGAGAGCCUCCGCUUGUAUGAGGUGACCCGCAAGGCCUACUGCGAGAAUGUGGUGUCUGCGAGCUCCAAGAUCGGGCAGAUGCACACGGCCACCGGCUUGAAGGCGCUGGGCCGCAACUAUUUGCUGAAGCCCCUGCUUUUCCGGAAUCUCCGGAAUGCCUUCGGCGUCGACCCCACAGAACGCAACCCCUGGGAGCCAGAGCCGAGCUUCUUCCAGCGACUGGGCUUGCGGCUGCGGGCCCUCUGCGCUUAG